AUGAUCGAGCAGGACGACGAGGAGGCCACGACGCCGCUGAUGGCCGUACCUGACGAAGCGACACCGCUGGCGGGCGGCAGGCGGCGGCGGAGAUUAAGGACCGGCGUCCUCGCGACGGCGGCCGCCGCGGCGCUCAUGGUCGCCGCGCCUGCUUUAGAUAUUAAGAAGAUGCGGCGGCCCCUCGCCGCGUCGGGCGCCGCGCCGACCUUGAACCGUCAGUCGCUCGUCGACCCCUUCCUCAAGACGCCGCACUCGUUCAAGGCGCAGCAGGGGCUCUACGAGAGCAACGACGACGAUGAUGAUGACGACGACGACAACGACCACGGGAGUAAUGAUGAUGACGACGACGAUUACGAGGAGUACGACAACGACGACGACGACGAGUCGACGCUGGCCGGCUUCGGCUGGAUGGGGUCGCUCGAGUUUUUGGUCGCGGAUCCCGUCCAUUAUAUCGAGGACCACUGGAUCUGGUUCGCGCCCGGGACCGCGCUGGUGAUUAUUCUCUGCUGCCUCUUCUGCUUCUGCUCGCCGCGGCUCGCGGCGCGGGGCGGCGGCGCGGCGCCGGCGGGCCGCGCGCCGGGGCGGCCCCGAAAGGGCAAGCCCCGCGGGCGCGGCAAUAACGCGUAG